AACUCUAAAAAUGAAAGGUUACAAUAUAUGUGUCUUUUUCCUGCAAUCUUUCUAAGUAUGUGAUUUGAUGAGAAUUGUGUGAUGAAGAUUUGCAUUUGUGAAUCUAUGCUUUAAAACAUCAAUACAUACACAAAUUAGGAAGAAAGUGCUUUGAAUAUUGUCAAAAGCAAACCCAAAAUUAGAUCUAAUUUACAAACGCACACACUCAAACAGCACAAUAAAAAAACACACACACAAACACUUUCUUACCAACUAUUUCCUGUGUUUUAAAACUUGGUCUUGGAUAAAGUAAUUUAUCUGCCAACUUCAAAAAUGUAAUAAUACAAUAUUCUUGUAUUUUUCUAGGUAUAGGAACACUAAAUAAAGGGCCAUGAUUAUAUUAAUUAAUCUAUAUUAACAUUUGUUUUUAUUUUUUAUUUUUGGCUGGCACAAAAUUUUCAACUGAAAUGAAGGGAAUCAUUUGCUUGUGCGACGAUCGGUAUGCAGUAACAGCCAUUGACCGCUUGAGGGUGGUACUACCUUAAUCCAUCUACCGCUUUGGCAAUAGAUCCUGGUGUUGGAGUUCCCAAAAGUAAUUGGGCUCAGAUUUAGGAGAGAAGAAAAGGUGUAGAAGGCUGAAUUAUAGGUCAGGCCCCCAAUCCUCAUUGCUAUAUAUCUGACAGGAGUCAGGUCAAAGCAGAGCUGGGAUCAUGAUUGAAAGAGGUUUGAUGGGGUUUGUACGGUGGGUUUGAGUGUGCACACACGUGUGUGUGGGUGAAAGUGUGUGCCUGUGUGGAGGGUUGUGGCAACACUCCCGCUGGUCUUCCUCGAUUAUAUAAAGGCUCAACCAAAUUUCAAAUAUGCCUUAUCUUUAUUACGCGAAAUUUCUCAAGUCUAAAACCUUCCAGAUUCCAAUUAAAAGCUUAAUUAUGGAAAUCAUCUCUAAGUCGAAAUUGGACUUCAUCAAUUAACUUCAGAAAUUGAUCUUCAUUUUUGUGUCUCUUGUGUUAAAAUGAAAAGGAAUAAGAGCACAAAAACGGGCAAAUAAAAGCGCAGAACAGUUCCUCUGCGCAAUUACGCACGGUCAUCCGUGCGUAGUUUCUGCCCAAAGUGAGCUCAAAUGAAUUUAAAAAAAAGCAGAUUGACUUGGUAGCUCAAUAUGAAAGAAUCAGUCGUCCAUACUUUAAAGCAUCUUUUGACGUCAUACGCGCACUGUUGUGAUAUAAGUGCGCGAAAGGCGGGUUUCAAGUUUCCGUCUCGCUUCAUCCAAGGACAGGAUGCUAAGCAGGAAUGCCACAGCAGACAAGAAACCACAUUUUAAUUUAUAGGUCAUGUAUUUUGAGAAUGUGCUCGCGGCGUGCCACGUGCGUUACGAAGAGCAGUUUGCUCCUAAACAGAGCAACUAAGGCUUCAUAUGAGGAUAAAGAGGGUAUCUAAACUCUGAAUCUAAGGGUGAAAGAUAUUUACAACUCAUUUACUCAAAUCCUGGUUCAUCUGCGCGCGCCCAUGCCAGCUCCGGACGUCUCUCCAAGUCCAUGGAUGAAAAGACACAGAGGACAGCAGGAUGGUGGUUGUGGGAGCGAGUAACGGAACUUUUGGUAGUGGGAACAUGAGGUCGUCCUUCAUGAUAGACGACAAAGUCGGUGACGGAGAUCUGAGAGGAUCCACCAACACCAUGAUCUCUGAGGCUCUUGCGCCCCGGCUGCUGAAGAUUGCGCAGGGCGCCGCAGAGGCUGCGGCAGCAGCGGCAGCAGCGACUUCUCCAUCCACCUCCAGUCAGCCACAGGUCAUGGAGACGAACGGGACGCGCUGCGGAGAGCAGAUUCUGAGCUACGGCCGGGUGGAGAAGGUCCUGAUAGGCGGAGUCCUCACCAUGCUCACGCUCUCCACUAUCUGCGGGAACAUGCUGGUGGUCAUCUCGGUGUGUUUUGUGAAGAAACUGCGCCAGCCAUCCAACUACCUGAUCGUUUCACUGGCCGUGGCGGACUUGUCGGUGGCUUUGGCCGUGAUGCCGUUCGUAAGCAUCACGGACCUGAUCGGCGGUCAGUGGGUCUUUGGGCAGUUCUUCUGUAACGUUUUCAUCGCCAUGGAUGUGAUGUGCUGCACCGCGUCCAUCAUGAGUCUGUGCGUAAUCAGCAUUGACAGGUAUCUGGGGAUCACAAAGCCGCUGACAUACCCUGUCCGGCAAAACGGCUGCUGCAUGGCCAAGAUGGUUUUGUCGGUGUGGCUGCUUUCUGCAUCCAUCACCCUCCCUCCUCUUUUCGGCUGGGCCCAGAACGUCAACGAUGGCAGAGUCUGCCUCAUCAGUCAGGACUUCGGCUACACAGUCUACUCCACAGCUGUGGCGUUCUACAUCCCCAUGUCGGUGAUGCUAAUCAUGUACUACAGGAUCUUCAGAGCAGCCAAACUCAGUGCAGCCAAACACACCAUCACUGGGUUUCCCAGAUUAGGGGACUCCCAGGCUGCAGCGACCCACAGAGAGGGAAGGGGAGGACACAAAGCUCUUCAGCUAUCUGAGUCAGGAGAAACGGGAAGUGUGGAAGGGACAGAGGCUGAGCCAGAGGGGGAACUGGAGGAAGAGGAGAGCUUAGACUGUGUGGCAGCUGCGUUGAAGCUCCAGCGAGAGGUGGAGGAGGAGUGCAGCACGAGAGUCUCCCGUCUACUUAAGAGUGGUGAGCAUCACCAGCGGCGAAAGAGGAAAAACCAGUCUAUCUUUAAACGAGAGCAGAAGGCUGCAGCCACUCUAGGCAUUGUGGUGGGCGCCUUCACCUUCUGCUGGCUGCCUUUCUUCCUGGUGUCCACUGCUCGGCCGUUCAUAUGCGGCGUGGAGUGCAGCUGUGUGCCGCUCUGGUUGGAAAGAACUCUGCUGUGGCUCGGUUAUGCCAACUCCCUCAUUAAUCCUUUCAUUUAUGCUUUUUUCAACCGGGAUCUGAGGACCACCUAUAGCAACCUGCUGAGAUGCCGCUACAGAAACAUUAAUCGCAAGCUGUCGGCAGCUGGCAUGCAUGAGGCUCUGAAACUAGUGGAGAAGCCAGAUGCUGAAGUGUGAAGCUGUCAAUCAUCAAUGAUGGGAAAACAGUUAGUCAACCUCAGAGUGCGGCGCAAAGACUGGCGCUGCCAAACUGAUUAUUUUCCUGAACAUAUAUGAUGAAUGCCACAGCGAGAAGAGGAAGGACGCUACUGAGUGGAUGCAUUAAAAUGCAUAAGCAAGGACUGAGAGUUUAAUGAAGGACGGAGCUGCUGUUGACUCCUGCAACCAAGUGGAACUCCAACAACGUAAAGAUUUGGUGCAGCUGAAGCCACAGUCUGCUUCACCUCAGACCCAUUUUUGAAAAACUGAUCUACCUUUGGCACAAAUGGUUCAGUCAUUGCACUGGCAGAUAUAAUGAGGGCCAAAUAUGGUCCAAGGUUCUUGAGCUGGUUCUAGUUUAGGAUACGGCCAGAGAUGUUUCUCAAAGUUCAAGUGGUCAUCCUAAGAAAACUUUGUCAAUCAAAGGCAAACGUGGACAAAAGAACACUGGACAAAAUUUUCUUUGCAGAUGUUUUACUCCGAUUCUAAAACACAAUGAAAUUCUUCACCUUUACAGCUGCUUUUUUAAUUUAAUUUUGUGCCAAGAGAAAAGGAAUGGAGGAGUUUUAUGUGACUCUAAUGUGGUUGCAACACUAAAAGCGUCCACGUUCUGCUGUCACAGUGAUGAUACUUUAACAUGUAGAACACUUAUUCUCUUCAGAGAACACCAAGUGGACCUCUUAUAACAGAAAAAAAACAUGAAAACUAUCAACAUGUAAAGAAUAAUGUGUGUUUGAGUGUUUUUGCUGUUUUGUAACAAUUGUUAACACUUGUCGUACCUCAAACAUCUUUAUAUCUAUAGCCUAUCAUUGUGCUGAGUGAGCUGAAGAUUUGCCUCAAAGGGUGGAUGCGUUUUUUUUAAAUGUUAUUUAUUAAGUAAUCUUUUCUUUUUUUGUAUGACCAGCAACUGACGAGCAGAACAACACGUAGACUAAGAUGAUGUAAAGGCACACACUUUGUUGAUGCAAAUGCCGACAAGCUGGAGCUGAACUCUUGCGAACACUUUUUGAAUGUGCUUGUGUAGUUUUCUGCACAGUCGUUGUAGUUCGGAUUGCAGUAUUGUUAAAUUUCCACAUUGAACCUAACGUUUGGGUUUUGGCACAGUGUGUGGUGGUCCUUUGACCUCUUUAUGGUUCACUUUGCAGUAUUAAAGCAGGAGCUACUUACGUUUCAAUGUCUGAGCUCUCAAAAUGAUCCCAUCAUCUGGUUAUUCUUUUUCCAAGUGAUUUUAAUAAUGCCUAGCAUCUCCAAAAUGCUGUGGUUUGAACUGUUAAUAUAUAGUUAUUAUUUUUCAACUUUUAAUGUCGAACUGUGGGAAAGAAUUACUUUAAAAAAGAUCAACAACACACUGACAAUGAUUUCACAAAAUGAUUAAACAAAAUAAAGCAGCGAACCUGUGGAUAUGAGAAUCAGCUGCCUCUUUUUUGUUGUUUUUGCCAGUUAAAACCUGCAGAAAAGGCACUUAUCCAGUAUUUUUUUUUCCGCUGGCAAUCAACUUUCAUAAAUAUUUUUCACAUUUAUCAUUGUGAAACGUUGUUUUAGUCCAAAUAAUGAAAAUAUUGAGAAACCUGAUUGGGAAGAGGGCAUUUUUCAAACUUCAUGAACUUGAAUGACUUGAAUAAAACACAAGGCUGUGCUUGACCUAAGCAUUGGCUUUAAUGUUUGGCAAAUGGCAGGUUUUUUCACACUGCAAGCUCCACCUUAACUCUACUAUACAUCUUUUCUUUGUACUCCAAUAAAACUGCACCAGAAAUAUCUAUUGUUUUUUCUCCCACAACAUUUAACAAUAAACUGUGCAAAACUGAAUCAAACUUACAAUUUACUGGAAAUGUGGUUCAAGUAAGAAUGUUAGUUAAAGCAAGACAUGAAGCAGAACGACUUGAGGUCUCCUGAACUAGUUUUAGCUCCAAACUAGUCCCCUUUUUCACAAUAAAAAAUAGAAAGCAAAGCUUUUUAUCCUCUCCUGUAUUGAAUUACCCAGGUUAUUAUAUGCACAUUAGGAGAGUUCAAAUCACAUUUCAUCACAUAAUGUGGGAUACUUGUAAUACUAUAACUAUAUAAAAUAUAAGAGUCUUUGCUGGGUGUCCGGAAUAUUUCAGAAAUCAUUCAAAUUUAAUGUGGCAGCAUUUUUAUUUGUGUUUACUGCCACCACCAGGAGCCAUUAUGUAUUACAACUGAAAGCAGCAAAAUGUGAUCAGCCCAUUGUCCUUUUUUGGAUAAUAUGAUAUUUGGCAGCAGCACAAAGACAUUUUUGUUGUUAAUAUUUUGUUCCACUUUUAUUACACAGCUAUUGUAAAUAUCUGGUGUUAGUGUCCUUGGUUGACCAGCUCUUUAGUUGGUUUCUGAAAGAUUUUAUGGGGAACAUAAAUGUAAAUUCCAUCACAUGAUUGGCAGUGUUAAUGAACGGUUGGUCACCAGCAGGCUGUCAGGUUUUGGCAGCAGUUUAGGGGCAUGUCCUUGUCAUCUAGUAUUAUCCUGUUUAUUGUGAUCACAAACUGAGCUAACAGAGAAAUUAGGCUGAACGUUACAUUUCAGAGCAAUAAUCUGAUGUGAACUGAGCUGCUAACAUUUUGAUGCUAAAAAAGAAGAGCAGAUUAGAGCAUGUGGUUCAAAGAAUUAAUAAAGGAAAGGUAAUAAGAAGGAGUUUAGGUAAAAAUAAAUAAACAACAAAAAGAAAGAAGAUGCUCGGUUGCUGAAAAGAAAUUAAAGCAAAUCCAUGCUGAGCCCGAUGUUGCAAAUGGUCCAUUUAUAAUAUAAUGUUUGCAAUGUAAGUGCAACACAUGAUUUCCGUAUAGCUUUUGUGAAUUUUGAUCCAAGGAUGUGGAACUUUGCUCCUUUACUGUAACUUUCAAAAUGUCAAGAAGCGUCAGCACUGUGACCAUCCCUUUUAUAGUCUGUAAUAACUAAUUAAAACUGCUCUGUGUGGAAUUAAAGAUGCAUACACACUAUUGAAGCUUGUGUUGGAACAAGACAUGCUGUAUUCUCUGACUCAAACUUUUCCCUUCAUGCCAAGUAUUGUCAGCGCUUCAGACGCUCCAUUGUCAAAGGUGUGAGCAUGAAUGUUGUUAAGAAGUAUCUUGUUGAGGCUUGCUGUGGUCGUGGUUCUGUGCAGUCAUGCUUCAAAGCCUCUGAGCAGUCCUUGCUCUGGGAUUGGUGCCAUAAUGGCCGGUUUCCACGUCCUGUCAUAGACAAUAUGGCAAAUUGUUGCAAGUGGAUGUGAGCAGGAGCACACUCUCCAACCAAGAGAGUUGAACAAGUUUAAAAGGGACAAGUCUGAAAGAAAUGCAAGCACAGUUGGAAGUACAGUGACUGAGAAGAUAUUUUACAAGACAAAUAAAUAAAGAAAGAAUAAUAGACAAAGAAGUUGAAUUCAGGAAGAAGUUGAUCAUGCAAACAAAUCUACAUUUCAGAAAAUAAUUUAUUAGUGUUAAGUCAGUGAACUGCGAGAGAAAGGUGUUCAACUGUAAACAAAAAAGAAAGUGCACUGUAGUGUCAUUCAGGCUGCAUUCAAGGUUGAGACUCAAAUGUGACUGUAUGUUCUGUGCCAGUUAGAAGGAACUGUGUGUAAUUGCACCUAGCUGCACUUUGUCGGUCUGGGGUGCACUAAUACACAGAUAUACACAGAGAACAGCUCAAUUAUAGCGGUUUAUCACAGAUAAAUGUAGUCAGUUUUCUUUUUUUAAAUGUUACUCUGUUACACCUUUUUGAUUUAGUGCUUUUGAAUUACCCUGUAAUUACAGCAUACGUAUAAUAAAAUUGUUUUUGAAUUA